AUAUAUAAAUAUCCUUAAAUGUGAACACAUGGCAAUGAUUCAGGCACUCCUCCAGGCCCUAUAUAAAGGGAGCAUAAGAGCCUUUUUAGCUUAUUACGUCGUCCCAUUCGACGGUUUAGGCAGAGCUCGCCAAAGAACGAAAUUUUGGGAGGAUGCUGCCGUUUCUACCCCUGCUUCUGCUGGUGACCCUCGGGGCGAGCGUCUCAGUCAAGGACCCGGAAACCCUCCAGAGUGAGAUGUUUCCUCCGAUUCACUCAAACUGCACUCAGAGUCUUACCGAUUUCCUUCUGCUGAGACAAGAGGUUCAGCUGUCCAAGAUGGCCGCCGCGGAAGAGGUUCGGACCCAGCUGAUGAGGGAAAACUUGCAGGUCCUAACCCAGGUCAGAGACGCCUUGUCCCAGGUCAGCGAGACUUUGACCCAACGCAGCCAAGUCGGAGGCAACUCCCUUGUUGAAACACGGAGGACCUGCGACCCCCCCUUCAGCCCCGUCGGUGACUCCUGCCUGCUGCUGAGUCUCGACCAGAAGGAAGACUGGGCGACAGCACGUCAGUUCUGCGUCGGAAAAGGUGCUGACUUGGCUCGCUUCUCUGACGCCGCUGGUUACGCCGCCAUUCUCGAUUACGUCAAUAAAAUCAAUUCGCAGAACGAUAUGACAGAUGUCUGGCUCGGUGGCACAGACGAGGCUCUGGAGGGGACGUGGCUCUGGGUGACCGGCGAACUUAUGCCUCGAGGAACACCGUUCUGGGGAUCCACGGACGGCUACGACGCGGCUCCUGACGGCGGAAGGUCCCAGAACUGCGCUGGCCUGUACAAGCGGGAUAAUUAUUACAUGCACGAUUUCCGAUGCAACGGCGCCGCGGCUCCGCUCUGCCAGAAAUGAGGACGAGGCAUGCAGCACACAUCCUGUCAUGGCAUACAAUUGUGUCGUAGUUUUUCCGAUACCAUUUGAUAGUUCAGUCCCAUGCAAAGUUAUUUUUUCACGGUACUAUCGAUAGCCUACGUCUCUCUCUCUCUCUCUCUCUCUCUCUCUCUCUCUCUCUCUCUCUCUCUCUCUCUCUCUCUCUCUCUCUCUCUCUCUCUCUCUCUCUCUCUCUCUCUCUCUCUCCUCCUUCUUCUUUUUCUUGUUUUGUAUAACUUGCAGCUUUUGGAAAUAAUGAAUGAAUUUAUGCCAUGAAAGAAAGCCAUGUUUUUUCAUUUCAUGUCGUAAGGAAUUACUGUAUAUUUUAGCUGUAUUUUUUGUAAGUUUGUUCCCCCAAAAUACAUGUCUGGAUAGUAA